UCUCCUCUGCGUGCGAUCGAUCGAACAUACCACACGCAGUGGUUUGAGCACUGGAAUUUCACGCCCAGUGCAUGGAAUGAACAUCCCUCUUUAGGGCGUGUUGACGAUUUAUGGCACCGCGAGCUGGGCAUAGGCAAUCACGAAUUCAUCGUUCCGCGGGAGAAGGGACACGAGUAUGGACUCGAUCCGCGAAUCAACGUCGUUAUGAAAGGCGUGGAGGAUAAGUACGAUGGCUUUCCCGUCCAACUCGAUGUCGUCCAUCAGCUCCACUGCCUUGAUGCCCUUCGGCGAAAACUGUUCAUGAACCGGGAUUGGUACAUGGAGAAUUGGGAGGUCGUGUCCGAACCCGCCAUGGAAUUGGCGCACACAUCGCACUGUUUGGAUAUGAUCCGACAGGUCCUGACAUGCCGAUCCGACGUCAGUUUGAUGCCUUACCGGUGGGUGAAUACCUCGGGAAACCAGUACCCGGACUUCCAUCGCCCUCAUCAAUGCCACAAUUUCAAGGCUGCCCGGGACUGGUCUGCCAUGCACGCCCUGCCGCAUCGUAUCACGCAUUAUCUGGACAAGGUAGAUCCGCCUACGGAUGCCGAUUUU